CGCUCCAUUAUCUGGGAAUUUAAUGGGAAUGUGAGGAGAGGAGGCUUGACAGCUCAUUAGAAUGUGAGCCCUCCUCCUUUCUUUUUUUUCCCUGUUUUUUUUCCUCUCCUUUUCUUGGAGUUGAUGGAAACUCCUUCGGGAAAGGAGCGCUGGAAGAAGCCGGGAGGAGUCAGAGCCUCGGGAGGACCUGGAAUUCUGCCUGGAAUUUUGCCUGGGGAGGAGGAUUGGGAUGCAAAAUCCACGCGGUUCUGCCCCCUGACAGCUUCGGGAUUUGCUGCCCAUCCUUAGGGAAAAGGGAGGAAAAAGCUGGAAAAGGAGGAAAAACCUUGGGAAAACUUCACCUGCUCCUCAUGGACUCGGGAACACCCGCGGAGGUUUUGCUUCUCCCCGACUGAAUUUUUGGGAUUUGAGGGAUUUGGGUUUUUUUGGGGUGUGGGGGAUUUGUUUUCUCCUUACAAGGCUGAGCUGGGAUGCUCGCGUUUCCCUGGGUUCCAGUUCCCUGGAAUGCCGAGAGGCGAGGAUGAGGAAUUAUCCCCGGAGCAGCAGAAUUCCAGAGGGAAUGGAUGGGGUGGGGGAAAUCUCCGGCUGAGCUCGGGCUCAGCUCUGCCCGCGGCGCUCGGAUCUCUGCAGCUCCAGGAGAUAAAACCGGUUCUAAACCCGAGCCGGGGCGCAGAAGGGGCAGAGUAAAACCAGUUUCAAGCCCCGUUUGGGGGCGCUGAGCGCCUUUAAAACCAUUUUCAAUCCCGAUUUAGGGGGGCUGAGUGAAACCGGUUUUAAAUCCGAUUUGGGGGGAGCAGAGUAAAACCGGUUUCAAGCCGGAUUAAGGGGGUCAGAAGGGGCAGAGUAAAACCAGUUUCAAACCCGAUUUUGGGGGACAGAAUAAAACCAGUUUCAAGCCCGAUUUUGCGGGGCAGAAUAAAACCGGUUUCAAGCCCGAUUUUGGGGGACUGAGAGCCUUUAAAACCGGUUUCAAGUGGGGUCUGGGGGCCAGAGCAGCCCCUCCCGAGGGCGGCAGCGCUUCCAGGGCCUCUGGGAUUUCUGGGAAGCGCCGUGGACCCAGCUCCUUCUCCCGGGAGAUCCAGAAUUCCAAACAAAUUCACCUCCACCUUUUCCAUCCCGAGGAGUUGCUCGGAUCCUUCUGGAAGUUGGAUUUUUUUGGACACAAAUCCGAGGUUUUUUUGAAGGAUUUUGCACCCGGCUGCUUGGGACUUCCUGAAAUUUGGAAUUUUUUUGGGGGAGAGGACAAAUCUGCUCGUGUCCUCCUCACCUGGUUAAUUUGGAUUUCUUUCUAGAGAAAAAUCCAGUUUUUCUUGUAGGAUUUUGCACCUGGCUCCUUGAUCCUGACCUGGUAAAUUUGGAUUUUUUUGGAGACAAAUCUGGUUUUUUUGUUGGUGACUGCUUGGAUCCCUCUCACCUGGUCAAUUCUGGAUUUAUUUUAAAGACAAAUCUGCUUUUUUAUUGCUGUUGAACCAUUUUGCACCUGGCUCCUGGAUCCUGACCUGGUUAAUUUGGAUUUUUUUGGACACAAAUCCAGUUUUUUUAGUCAAAGGAUCUUACACCUGACUCCUUGAUCCUGAUCUAAUAAAUUCGGAUUUUUCGGACACAAAUCUGGUUUUCCCUUGAUCCUAACCUGGUUCGUUCAGAUUUUCCAGACACAGAUCCGGUUUUUUCUCCCUCCUGGAGGAUUUCACACCUGAUUGCUUCAUCCUGACCCGGUUCAUUCUGAUUUUCCACACACAAAUCCGGUUUUCCCUGCAUCUUGACCCAGUUAAUUCGGACUUUUUGGACAGAAAUCCAUUUUUCCCAUUUAAUUGGAAUUUUCAGGACACAAAUCCAUUUUUCCCUUGAUCCUGACCUGGCCAUCUUGGAUUUUUGGGACACACAUCCAGUUUUCCCAGGAUCCUGACCCUUUCAUUGGAAUUUUCUGGACACUGGUCGGUUUUUCCCAGGAUCCUGACCUGGUUCAUUGGGAUUUUCUGCACACAAAUCCGUUUUUCCCAGGAUCCUGACCUGGUUCAUUGGGAUUUUCUGCACACAAAUCCGUUUUUCCCAGGAUCCUGACCCUUUCAUUGGGAUUUUCUGCGCACAAAUCCGUUUUUCCCAGGAUCCUGAUCCUUUCAUUGGGAUUUUCUGGACACUGAUCCGUUUUUCCCAGGAUCCUGACCCGAUUCAUUGGGAUUUUCUGGACACUGAUCUGUUUUUCGCAGGCCCCUGUCCCGGUUGGUUGUGAUUUUGGGGAUUUGGGGAGCAGCAUGGGGCGCUGCCGGGCCCCGCUGCUGUGGGUGCUGCUGUGUCUCCAGCUGUGCCUCCAGCUGUGCCUGCAGCUGGGGCCCCGCGCCCCCGGCGCCAGGAGGGGCAGGAAGGAACCGCCCGAGCCCCGGAACGCGUCCCUGGCCAACAGCGAGGAGCAUCCCAAGCUCCCCGAGUCUCCCGAGCUGCGGAUCACGGACCCCCGGCGCACCUGGAUCUCCUUCGUGCACCGCCCCGACGAUGGCAGCAAUUCCAAGAGGAGAUGCAAAGGGAAAGACAAGAAAUUGCGAGGCCUGGUGGGACCGCCGGGCCCUCCUGGGCCUCAGGGACCUCCGGGAGCCCCCGGGGCUGAAGUCACCAGGGAAGUCCUUCUGCAGGAGUUCAAGGAGAUCCUAAAAGAAGCCAUGGAGCAGAGAGCCUCCCUGGCCGUUCCAUCCCGUGCCAGCCCGCUGCCAGCCCUGGAGCAGCUGCCGGCCCUGGAGCAGCUGCCGUGGCGCCGGCGCGUGGAGCAGGCGUUCCACUGCAAACUCAAGGGCCACGUGGUGGUGGACAAGAAGACCUUGGUGGAACUGCAGAAUUUCCAGUCGCCCCUGGCCAAGGGCGCCUUCCUGCGGGGCUCGGGACUGAACGCGGCCACCGGGCGUUUCACCGCACCCGUGGGCGGCAUCUACCAGUUCUCAGCCAACGUCCACAUCGACCACAGCGAGCUGAAGAGCAAAGUGCAGCUCCGAGCCAGGGACAAUGUGCGGGUGCUGAUCUGCAUCGAGUCCCUGUGCCACAGAUACACGUCCUUGGAAGUCAUUGCUGGGCUGGAAAGCAACAGCAAAAUCUUCACUAUUUAUGUCCAUGGGUUGCUGCAGCUGCAGGCCGGGCAGUACACCUCCAUCUUCGUGGACAACGGCGCCGGGGCUCCCAUCACCAUCCAGAACGGAUCUGAUUUCAUGGGAAUGCUGAUGGGAGCCUAGCAGAUUUGGGGAAUUCCCAAAAUCCUGGAGUUUGGACUGAACCCCCCCCCACCCUUUUCACCUUGAAAUUCCUCCCCGUACCUGCAGCGGUUUUAAAUCCUUUCCCAGCUCCUCCAGCUUUGCUUCCAGAAGCUGCUGCUGCUUCCCAAGGUCCUCAUCAGAAUUCCUCGUUAUCCUUUGGGACUCCAUCCCGCUGGGAAUGUUGAGUUUGUGCUUCACCAGAUGCUCACGCCGAGAUUUGGGACCUUGUUUGAUUCCUUCACCGUAGCGCUUGUAACGGGCACGGGCUUUUUGUUGGGAUUGCUUGGGGGGUUUGGGAAUGAAGGAUUGAGGUGGGAAACAGCAGAGGGAAUUCUGUGACUCUUUUCUGGGCCUGGGGAGGGAGGGGACAGGGAUUUCCCAACCAAACUGCUUCUCCCAUGGGAUUUGAUCCCACAAUCCAAAGAAUGCGA